CAAAUCCUGAGGCCGCGCAACUCUCUUGGGAAUCUCCCAUCAGCAUUCCGUUUUCUGAUACUUUUUUGAGAAAACUCAGCGCAGCGCAGCGCAUCUGCUUCCCUGCCCGUAGCAUUCCGUUUCCGUUCCGUCAGCUAGAUCCGUGUGCGAGCUCUCCCGUUCCUUCUUUGGAAAACGCCUUCACGGCGCACCUCAGAUUUUCCUUUACCGAGCCUCGCUAUUACCGGAAAAUGGCGGCGCUUUCCGCAUCUUCCGCUCUGGCAGUGGCUAGAUGCACACCGCGUGCGUCUUCCCUCUCGUCUUUCUCCCCACUCCGAUCGUUGGUCAAAACCCCGCGCUUCGCUUUCCGCGUGCGCGCCGACGCAAGCGGGGACGCGGAGCCCGCGGUUGAAAAUGCGCCCGCCGCCGCGGGAUCCGCGGAAGCUCCGCCGAAGAAGAAGAUUAUCCGGCGGGUGAAGAAGGCGGAAGGGGAAAGUGCUGCGGAUGACCUGCUGGCACCUGGGCGGUCUGUGGUGGAGCGCGGUGUGACUGUAGAGGGCGUGGCUAAAGUGGACCGCGGAGAGAGCACGUCCACGCUUACCCGAGCGCUUCUCACAGCGGCCGGCGAUGCCGCUGUGCUGAUUCUGUUCGCCUACAUCGGCAGAGCCACGCAUGUGUCUGCUGCUAUCGACUGGGAGCUCAUCAAGACCGCGUCGCCCUUCCUUGCAGGCUGGUUCAUCUCGGCCAUUAUCUUCAACGACUACAGCAUCGGCAAGCCUCUGCCAGGGUCUCCAGGCGAAGCUGCUGGGUCCGCGGUGAAGACCUGGGCGCUGGGCGUGCCGCUAGGCGUUGCAUUCAGGAGUCUGAUAAAGGGCCAGCCCCCUCAGCUGCCCUUUUUAGUCGUUUCCAUUGUUAUGACGGCCGUCUUCAUGCUGGGCUGGCGGGCUGCCCUGGCUGCUGCUCUGCCUGGCGAUGGGGGGGAGAAGUCUCAGCUGGACCGCAAGGGAAGCGUGUUUGAGCUGUUCGAGCUGCUGACAUCACUUGUAAGGCGGUGGUGAGACGCAGGCAGUCAUUUGGCAGGUGGUGGCACUUCGUCUUGUAGCACGCUGGUACCAUGUUUGCGUAUGGCAAUGGAAGUGGUAACGUCACCUGAGCUUGUUAUUCAAUCAAUUCCAAAGAUUGCAAACCUUAAGUAUGCUGUGCACCUAGGGACCACAUUCAUUUUUGCUGUACAGUAUGCUUGCAUCUGCAGGGUAUACACAUUUUUCACUUGAUGUUUGUAGGGAAGUUCCACACCAAGGAAU